AAUAGGUGUCAUUUUUGAUUCCUGAAUGUGGCAUGUUGCCUGAAGUGCUGAAAAGCACAAUUGCAGAUGUUGGAGAGUACUACGUGGUGAGGAAUUUAUCGCUUCAUGAAUUGGUCACUCAUGAAUUCAUUGAUACCUUCGUGAAGAAAGGUUCAUGCUACGCGCUUACCUAUAACACAAGAAUUGAUCAAGAUAAUACUGCAGCUCUGCUACCAACUGGAAAAUUAAUUCUCUCAGUGGAUAAAGAUACUUAUGAAGAACUUGGACUGCAAGGUCGCCCUUCUCAAUAUUCUGGCAAAAAAGUAAUGAGAUAUAUUAUAACUGUUGACUUGACGGAUGCCAGCUUUCAUCCUGAUAGUAAGAAACAUAAGAGGGUACUUUGGGCCUUGAAAGAAAAGAAACCUUUAGAAUUUGACUUCCUACUGGCUUGGUAUAAUACAGGUACAGAGGGAUCAACAUUGAUGUCAUACUUUCCCAAAAGCCAAAUACGGUCUCUGAAGCCAAAAAUAACAUUCAGCACAUUGAGAGACUUGCAGUGUCCGGUGUUACAAAGCAACGAACUACAAGGAAAGCCAGAAGAGUCCUGCAGUACAGAGGAACUGUUUGAAUGGUUAGGGGCUGUCCUCAAUCAAGUUAGCUUAGACAACAAAUCCUCUAGUUUUCUAUCAACCUACUGCUGUCCUCAGCCCAGUACAAUAUUGGAAAAAGCAUUUUUGUGUACAAUCACAGGGUUCAUAAUUCCUGAGACGAUAAUUGAGUUGUUGGAGAAACUUUGCUGCUAUUUUGAUGAACCAAAACUGGCACAUUGGCUGACCUUAACUGUGCAUGGCUUUGCAGACAGCCCUGUUUCCUGGAGGGAAAGUGAACAUGGUUUUCACAAAGGAGGAGAAAACUUGUACAACUUUGUUGUUUUUAGAAACCUGGACUAUUGGCUUCAGAUGGCUGUAGGAACGAAUGAUGAUUGUCCUCCGUGAAGCUCUGUCUACAGAAAAAUCAUUCUAAUAAUUCCAUGUUAUUGUAUAGAAGCCUAAUAAGAUACUUGCUAUAAAAAUAAUUGGAUCAUAAGUU